AUGAAUCGUUUAUUUGGAUUACAACGUACGCAACCAUCAUCUGAAACAUUAGGCAACGCCAUCAAAACAACAGAUGCAAGAAUCCGAGCAUGCGAAGAAAAAAUACACCAAUGCGAUGCCGCAUUACAACAAGCACUACAACAAGCAAAACGACAAGAAAAAUACACAAAUAGUACAAGUGUUCUAGAAAAUGCUGCACGAAAACGAGCGCUAAUGCAUCUCCGUCAAAAGAAAUUAUAUGAACAACAGCUCUCACAACUACAAAUGCAGCAAAUUAAUAUGGAACAAGCAAUGUGGGCGGAAACGCAAGCACAUGCAACGCGACAAACAGUAGCUGCAUUGAAGCAUGCGAAUAAAGAGCUUCGACGACAACCAAUGCAACUAGAUAAAAUAGAGCAGCUUCAGGACUCAGUAGCAGAUGCUCUUGCAGAAGUAGAAGAAAUACAGCGCGCACUAGCACGACCAUACGAUUUAGAUAGCAUAGAUGAAACUGCACUCGAUGCAGAGCUUGAUGCAUUAGAACUAGAUGAACUGAAUACAUUAACAAACCAAAUAGAUCAUACAGAACAAAUAAAACAAACGAGUGACAUGAAAAUACCUAGUUAUUUAACAAUGCCAAUAUUACCUGAGGUUACAACAACACAUCCAAAUCAAAAAGAUGCAGAAACAGCAAUUUAA